AGAGAGAGAGAUGUAUAUUUAAGGAGCUAAUUUGUUAAGUGUUGGAGAGCAAUAUCGGCUGCUGAGCGUUGAUAACACCAGAUCCUCCAAGAAAAUUAAGAUUAAUUUCCAGGGCAGAGGAUAAACCUGUCGAACAAAAUGUCGCUUCAGGUCCAGCUCAAUGAUAUUCAUAUUAUCCAAGAAAGUGAUCAUCGACGGCUGCUCAGCUCCUCCACUGAAAUUCACACCAGCGUCCGCUUUCUCAUUUUGGUGCUUCUGACUCUUGUGCAAGUCAAGUAUCAAGAUAAACAAGAUUCUCCAUUUGAGACUCAUGAAGCAAUCAUGGUGCUUUUCAUUGUGGCUGCAUUCAUCUACACUGUGUCUUUUCUUUCUUCAUUAAUUCUAAUCCAAAACCACCAUGACUACACUUUUUACGUUCUUCCCAUAUUGAAACAAAUUUCUGUGGUUUCUGGAACGCUUGCCUGUGACUCACUAAUCCUAAUCCUUUGCCCUCCAUUUGGGUACUUGGUUCUUGCCUUAUGUGCACUCCUAGCUCUCAGAAUAUUGAUUGGAUCGUACCAUCAGAUUGUCCAGUUGCUCCAUGAUGCAGCAAAUCGAGCAUAUGAAGCUGUAGCAAGCGACUUCGAGUUGCUUUUCCAGACACUCCAUCAGCUAUACAACAAUAUUAUACAUGUCUGGUUGCCUUUAAUACCCCAUUUGCUUCGUCAGUCAGCUUCUCAAGUGUUUAAUCUCGUAAACUAUGUACCCGGAUCAAUAUUUCAACGCAAUUAGGUGUUGCACAAAUGGUACUCAUCAGUGUCUAAGCGGUCUCUCACUGAUAUAAGUCCUCCAGUUCUCUUUGUAAAUCAUGA